AUGUCUCCUUCAGCAACUGACAAUGUUUCACCUCCUUCCAAACAACCACACCCUCGCCUUCACUCCUCUGGCUCACUGGAUGCAUUCAACCCUACCCUCGUCACACCCGUGAUAGGCAAUGAAUUUCCCAAAGACACCUGCAACAUCGUCGACGACAUCCUCAACGCCCCAGACGCAGAGCAACGUAUUCGUGAUUUAGCCAUAAUGAUCGCCGAACGAGGCGUCGUCUUCUUCCGCGCCCAAGACAACCUCACCAACGCCCUCCAGAAACACCUCAUCCUCCGGCUAGGCGAACUCACCACCCGACCCCCCUCGCACACCCUCCACAUCCACCCCGUCACCAACGACGCCCGCGAAUUCGGCGACCCAGAUCCCGAAAUCAGCACCAUCGACUCGGAGGGCCGGAAGAAGCUGUACAAGGGGUCAGACUAUACUAACAUGGCUGCGGUGUGGCACAGCGAUAUCGCGUUCGAGAACGCGCCGGCGGACUUUUCCUCGCUGCGUUUGACGCAACUACCCACCACGGGGGGCGAUACGUUGUGGGCGUCGGGGUAUGAGAUGUAUGAUCGGGUUAGUGGUGUUUAUGGGCGGUUUUUGGAGGGUCUGAGUGCGACGUUUGUGGGGGAGGGAUUUAGAAGGAUGGCGGCGUCGGGAAAGUUUGGGCUGUAUACGAAGGCUAGGGGGGCGGAGGUUAAUGUGGGUGGGGAGUUGAGGGCUGUUCAUCCGGUUGUCCGGACGAAUCCGAUUACGGGGUGGAAGUCUAUCUUUUCUGCUGGUGAGUAUGAUACAGCCUGCGCAUUCCCAUCGUAUAUCAACGGCCUCAACCGUCGCGAAAGCGCCAACAUGCUCCAGUAUUUCCACGAUCUCAUCACCUACGGACACGAUCUCCAGGUGCGGUUUAAAUGGAACCAGCCUAAUGAUAUUGCCAUCUGGGAUAAUCGCAGCGUCUUCCACACCGCAACAGGCGACCAUGAAGGCUUCGGACCGCGAAGUGGCAAUCGGGCAGUGGGAGUCGGCGAGGUUCCGUAUUUCCAUGCUGGGAGUAAAUCUCGACGAGAGGAUUUGGGGAUUGUGGAUGAUUUGGCGCCGUGUCAUUUGUAAUUCAGAUUAUCUUUAGUGAUGUGAUUAUCAUUCUUGUCGUCUGGCUUGUCCGUCCAUGUGUAAGCUGAAUCCAUCGCCUGCCCAGAAAUCUUCAGUGAGCAUCCCAUUAAAUGGAUCUUGAAGUUCAGUUUGAAGGAGUGAGUCUGGUUGGAAGUCGUGAAAGGUUGAAAAUAAUGGGUCCUGCAGAUCGAAUAAUGCCGAGUUCCAGUUCGUGGUUGGGAUGGUUGGUGUUUCUUGUACAGAAGAUGCUUGGUCUGCGUUGUCGCUCACAAAAUUCAUGGCUCGGUUGAUGAUGUUUUCCAGUCCGUCGCGAUACUUUUUCAGGUUUUGAUUCCUUUCUGCCAUGACGAAUAGUGCAGAUGAACAGGCACGGAGAUCG